CAGAUAGGCAUGUUCCCUUUGCCUGUAAAAGCAAAGAAUCAAAACAAAUAAAUUUUUCAAAUAGAUUUUAAAACAUUUGUUUUGUAUUUUGGAAUCAUAAUUACAUUUUCUUGAAAUGUUCAUUCUAUUGAUUAAAUAGUAUUAAUUAAGAUAUGACAAUCUGUUUUUCAUUAAUAACAUAUUUAAGACACAUUGGAUAGGAUAUUGGUUUGUUUAUAACUUUAACUUUCAUCAGUUAAUUAAAACAAUUAAAAUGACAAUAAUUGGUCCCCCCGGAAUCCGGUUACUGCACUCUUGAAGGUUUACUUUAAAUGACUUGAAUUGAUCCGAUUAGACAUUUUAAUUUUUGAGAUUGUUAUUUUAUAGGGAAUCAAUUGUAGCUAUGUGCUAGUGAUUAUAAUAAUAUCGUUAAUAGUGGCUAAUAACUUAAUUUUGAUUUCCUUCCCUAAUUAAUCUUAAAGCACAAUAAGCUAAUUUUGAUGCCACUCACAUAUAAACUCCGAAAAAUAUCACUGUUAUCAAUGUUCAAAGAUAAAAUUAAAAAUAUUCAUACCAGAAAGGAAACAACGAAAAUACGUGAAAAGCAAACAGAUACAGAACAGAAUAUGGAGAACAGGAACAAGGUUACAGAAAACAACAUUGGCUCAGAGACCGCCAUAGCAGUACCUGAUUUAAGCCAAUUCAAAUUCGAGAAAAAAUCUCAUGUAAAAAUUAAAUUUGAAAAAGAAUCUCCAAGCAAGCAAGAACCUGAAGGCUUAUGGGAACCACCAAAUUGGAGACAGUUUUUUUUGAACCUGAAGAUUAUGAGAGCUAAUAAUGAUGCUCCAGUAGAUACAAUGGGAUGUCAUAUGAACAUGGAUGAGAAUGUACCACCAGAGGUGUACAGAUAUCAAUGCUUAGUUUCUCUGAUGCUAUCAAGCCAAACCAAGGACCAAGUUAACUUUACUGCUAUGCAGAGGCUUCGGGCUCGGGGUCUUACAGUUGAUAAUGUGUUGAGUAUGAGUGAUGAAGAACUAGGUCAGUUGAUAUAUCCUGUUGGAUUUUGGAAGACAAAAGUAAAAUACAUAAAAAAAACAACAGGAAUUCUAAAAGAGCAGUACAAUGGAGACAUCCCCGAUUCAGUCGAAAAGUUGUGCAAACUGAAUGGUGUUGGUCCUAAAAUGGCACAUAUUUGUAUGAAGGUUGCUUGGAACAAGAUCACUGGAAUCGGUGUUGACACACAUGUACAUAGGAUAUGCAAUAGGAUUGGAUGGGUCAAAAAACCAACUAAAACUCCUGAGGAAACUCGCCUAGCUCUACAGAGUUGGUUGCCUUUUGAACAAUGGAGUGAAGUUAAUCAUCUACUUGUUGGAUUUGGCCAAACUAUAUGUCAACCAAUAAAACCUAAUUGUGGAGAAUGCCUGAAUAAUGAUAUUUGCCCUGCAAGUACUAUAGGGAAAAAAUCGCCAAAAAAAUCUGACAAACAAACCAGAGAUAAAAUUGAAGUUGGAAUUAAAAUUGAAGCUGAUAUGGAAGAUUUUCAAGUAAAAAAUGAAAAGACUUGGAAAACUAUAAGUCCAAAAGUGAAUACCAAGAUUCAAGAUUUAGAAUUGGACAAAAUUAAUACAUCUACACCACAAAAACAUCAAGAUAAAUUAAAAAAACCAGAAUUCAAUAACCAAUUUGAAUUACAUAGUGAUGCGACGUCAAAUGAAAAUAAUAGUACAAAAGCUUCCAAGUCCUAUGAAAAUCUUAAACAUACGAAAGACACUUGUGGUGGUAAAAGAAUAUUCAAAAAAGCAGAUGUCCAUUGCGAUGAGCCUAAAUUACCUUUAAAAAGAAAAUCGCCUAGAGUUAAUCAAAGAACAGAAACUAAAAAACUGGAAAAUUUAAAAAAAAUUAGAACACGGUCAGCACUAAAAUAACAUCUGUAAGUUUAUAAUAAUUAAACAUGUUAUCUACAUCUUUAAGUGUGAUUUUUUUAAGAAAUAAAAAUUAUAUAUUCAGUAUAA